AUGUUAUCCCUCCUGAGGCCAAAGUAUAGUAAGUCAGUGAUAAAUGUACCUUGAUUUAAAUAAAAAUAUUUAUAUACAUUUCUUCGAAGGCAUGUUAAAUCUAAUACUUUUAAAUCUUUUUAACCAAUGUGAUUCGCCCAGCCCUUGGGGGAUUUAUUUCCAGGAUAGUGCUACACCUCAAAUGGAAGGAUUAGUCGAAUUACACGAUAAUAUAAUGUUUUAUUUAGUUAUAGUAUUAUUCGCAGUAGGUUGAAUAAUGUUAUCUAUAGUUCUAAAUUAUAGUAACGUUAAAUCACCUAUAUCAAAUAAAUAUCUAAAUCAUGGUAAAAAUGUGCCUACUCGAAAGUGUUCUAAGUUUAAUCAUAACCCCCUAAAUUAUAAAGUAUCUACCUCUUUACGGUACUAUUCUACUUCACCUCUAUGUAAUAAGGCUUGCGCUGAGAAUAAUGACAAUAACCCAGCUAAAUUUUAUAUAGAUGUUUAUUCUAUGAAAAAAACUAUUCUAGAGGAAAACAGAGGUAAAUCUGGAAUUUACAUGUUAACUAACAAACUCACAGGUGAUAUAUACGUAGGACAAUCUAUUGAUAUAUCCAAAAGAUUUAAAAAUUACUUUAAUAUUAGCUAUUUAAAUAGUAAGUCAUCGUAUAUAAUAAGUAGAGUAUUAAUUAAAUAUGGCUACUUUAAUUUUUCACUUACUAUCUUAGAAUAUUGUAAUAUAUAUGAUUUAUCUAUAAGAGAGCAAUAUUACUUUGAUAAAUUAGAACCACAAUACAAUAUAUUAAAAACAGCAGGUAGCUCUCUAGGUUUUAAUCAUUCAGAUGUAACUAAAGCCAAAAUUAGUCAGAGUUUAAAAGGAAAAUAUAUUGGGGAUAAAUCUGCCUUAUUUGGUAGCUUACAUAAAGAAGAAACCCAGAAAUUAAUGAGUUUAAAAAAAGCUGGUGAAAAGAAUAACAUGUAUGAAAAAAUUCAUAGUGAAAAAACUCAAGAGCUAAUGAGACAAAAAGCUUUAGGUAGAAAACACUCUGAUGAAACAAAAUUAAAAAUGAGCACAAAACACGGAAACCCCGUUAAUAUAUAUGAGAAAUCUUCAUUGCCAGCUUCUAGUUUUCUUUCCAAACAAAACAAGGCAGAUAAAUUUAAUUUAAUUGGUAGUUUUGUUUCAGCUAGAAGAGCUGCCAAAUUUUUAGACAUCAGUGGUAGUACCGUUAUAAGAUAUAUGAAUUCAGGGGCAAUAUAUAAAGAGAGAUACAAAUUCUCCUCUAAAUAGUAGGAUAUGUUACCGCUAAACUUAGAAAAACUUCGAGUAAAAUUCUACUAUAUGCUGGGAGUUCCUAAAGCCUUAGAUACUAUAAUAAAUAUUAUCAGUGAAAAUUCUAAUGGAUGCCAUAAUGGAUAAUCAGCAGGGAACUAAAAUAAUUUUAAAAUUACGAAGGCCCUUAGAGAUUAUACGUAGAACACUCAGAACAUUAAACUGAGUGAAGAUAGAAUCCAAUUUUAUAUGAAAGUAUAA